CCUAGAAUCCUAGAGAUAUUUUAUGCGAUCAAGGAUUCAUCUUGUGCAAAUCGUACGGCAGCGACUGAUACUAACACACCUUUGUUUAUCAUUUUUCCAUGAAUAUGAUAGAACCGCCAGUUGAGGGACGAACACAGAAAACGUCAGAGGAGACAGAGAGAGAAAGUAGUGGUGGUGGGUAAUGGAAGAGAUUGAUGUACUUAGGGCACAAGCUAUUGCAUCCAUGUCUUCUUCGCCUGUAAACCCUAAAUCUAAUAAUUCCGAUAAAACACUACCACCUGAAACGGCGGCCAGAGAAGAAGGCGAAUUAGUCUCUUCUGAAGAUGAUGAUUUGAUAACUAGUUCUGCUGCACAGUCUGCUAGUUCAACUCCCAAGCUGGCUGAAGGCGAUACUGUUGUCAAGAGCUCGAGUACUCCAAGUUCUGCAAUGGGUAAAUGUGUUUCUUCUGUGGAAGUACCUGCUAGCUCUGUGGACAGACAGGUUAAACCGUCUGUAAAGAAGAACUUCAAACCUGGUUGUCACUACAAUCCUGGUUGGUCUAAGCCUCCAUUGCCUGACACUAACUUAGUGAUAAGAUUCUCAGAUAGCGAGAGUGAGAGCGAUUCUGAAGAAAACAAACCACAAAAACCUUUAGCAAAGAAAGAUAACAUAACUGGGGUUCAUACUUAUAAGAAACGGCCUACUUCACCACAUACAAAACCAGAAGUUUUGCAACGAACUUCGAGCAAUCAAUUAAAGAUGAUGCCUAAGAAGGUUUCUUCAAGUCACACAUUCAUAUCAUCAAUGACUAAAAUCAAUGGAGCCAACUCCAAGACCCCAGGAUCUUUUUCCACUGCGUUUCAAAGUCGAAGUUCUGGUCCUCUGAAUAAGACAUCAUCAACCCAAGAAGGCGAAUGUAGCCAAAGUGUGAGAUUGAACAAUAGUGAAGCAGAUAGCUUGCGCCAGCAGAUUGCAAUACGAGAAAAUCAAUUGAAGGUUCAGCUUAAAUCUGUCCAGCAAAGACAGGAAGGAGAUUCGGGUUUGUAUCACGAACAUAGUGGCCCAAGGCUAAAAGAUAAUGCAGCUGUACAGAGAAGACCAGCUUCUGUUAGCUUUUCUGAAUUUUCUCCCAGUGAACAGGCCAAGAAACGUUUGAAAACCGACAAUCCUAACUGUGGCAGGCUGGUUUCUGAUGGGGAACAAGAAAUACGAAGACCUGCCUCAGAGCCUACAUCCAAAUUGCCGAUGGUAUUGCGGGAAAAUAAUGGUGUCGGUGGUGAAGAUCUGGUAUGUAGUUCCAAAGAGAUUAAUGUAGGUAGAACAGAUAUAGUAGCAAACAGAUCGACACAAGCUCUCCAGCCUAGGAAUUUACAGGAAGUGAAAGAUUAUGAACCUUCUGUAUCUUUUAACGAAACCAUCUAUCCAGCUGUCCCAUUUUCUAAGAUGCCUAAUAAGCAAGGAAGUUGUAGCAUAGCUGGCAAUACCCCUAAUGACAGUAAUUCUGGUAACGGGACAGGGUUGCUUGAUUCUUCUGUGCCAUUGAGGAGAGUAUCACAGUUUGCACUGAUGACAUCAGGAAUACAUGACGGUGCCGUGUCUUUGCGCAAGAUGCUUUCCCCAGAGAAAUCAGCCACCAAAAGUUCUAAUCAUCCUAGGGAUUCUUGGGAUCCUCAUUCAUCUACUUCUCAGCAGAAGAAUGCACCACACGAGCAUUUGCGCACGCAGAGCAUUGAACACAACCAGGUGUCACAUGGUGAUAGAGUACUUAAGCUGUCAUGCGAUUCUAUAUUUGAUAAAGUUGCAGAUGCUUAUGCAACACCGAUCAAUACAAGGCCCCUGAAUUCUCUGGAACGCGGAAACCUCUUGGUAGACAAUACCAUGGAUGUACAGACUUUAGCCAAAAUGGAAGAAAUUCAAGACAAAGAGUUGGAAGAAGCACAGGAGCACAGGAGGAUGUGUGAGGUUGAAGAAAGGAAGGCACUUAAAGCUUAUCGUAAAGCGCAGAGUGCUUUGGUUGAGGCUAACACUAGAUGCCAAAAUCUCUUUCGAAGAAGAGACAGUAUUUCUGCUGAACUUCAAGGUUGUAUAAUAGAGGAGUCCAGUUCUUCAUGGUCGUCAAGGUGUCGUAACCAUCUGGAUACUAGGUGUAAUUUAGUUGAUAAUUUUCGAGGGACUGAAUUGGGCCAGUUUCCUCCUUUAAGUAACCGAAAGCAGAAACAAUUGGAGGGGUCAAAUCAGCUGGGCUCUGAUAACAUUCAGGGAAAGGAUGGUGCUCUUCUCCCUUCAUAUCAACACAACGGUACACUCAGCUUAGUUUCUCAACCGUGCAUGGUGCCUCAUGCGGAUGAAGAUAAAGAUGCAGUAACAACCGAUUUUAGAAAUUUUCAGUCGAGGCUAUCAUGCGGAAAUGAGAGAAGUGUUGGAAUGGCGGAGGUGGAACGUAGAGACAAUCCAGAAAAGAAAUCUUCUGCUAGUGAUCCUCAAGAUUAUGCACUUCUUGAAGCCUCUCUGAGGACUGAACUUUUUUCCCGGCUAGGAUCAAAAACUGUAUCGAGGAGCAGUGAUUUGCACUGCGGUGCUGAAGGCUCUGUUAGCAAAGGAAUGGAGUGUCUUGCUGAGAAUAAAUCUCUGUCAGGUUUGGUUAACCAGCCACUUGUGGAGGAUGAGCAAAAUCUUAUUUUAGACCGUGGAGGUAGUACUAAGGGACUGGGAGAAAACAUCAUCCACAGAACUAGUGAAGUCACAAAACAGUGUCUUGGUGAUAUGUUUUCUGAUCUUCAAUCACGUGCGUUUGUUGCUCCUGGUGAUUGCAGUAUGGCUCCAACAGAAGCUUGCAGGCGAGCUGUUGCUGGCCCCGACAUGCCUUCCUCAGCUCUUAGGACUGCAUUUAAUCAUUUGAAGAAUACAGCUUCAAUAGGUUCCAUAGGAUUCCAGACGAGAAAUAAACAAAAAUCCAUGUCUGAAACUUCUGGCGAAGCAUUUGAUCUGCGUGACACUUCUGGAGCACAUUUCAUAGAGGACAUCACCAAAGGUACUGAUAUGCAAGGAUUCGGUUCGUAUGUUUGUGGUCCUUCGGUGGAUCCAUUUUGGCCACUUUGUAUGUUUGAGCUCCGAGGAAAAUGUAACAAUGAGAAAUGUCCUUGGCAACAUGUUAAGGACUUCGGGAAAAAUGUAAAGCAGGAUGGUGAUUCUGAACGUGCUGAUUGCGAGGUUGGAAUGUCAUCAGACCUUGGAGAAUUCAAUGGUCGACCCAAGCGUUCUCAGCUUAUGUCAGCUCCACCAAUUUAUAUAGUUAGCUCAGAUGUUCUCGGAGCGCAACGUACAUCUAGAUCUGUGCUGGCUCAGAGUAUGGGCCAGUCCUGUCUAAACCGUUUUAGCACUUCCUUGAUAGUCAACUCUCCCAGUUGGAAAUAUCUGCUAGCAGAUGCACCUUUUCUGCAUGUUACUGUUGGUCGUAUUGAAGGACAAGGGAGCUGGGACAGGCAGUCUUUGUAUCUAAAGACUCAAGACAGUGCAAUGAAGCAACACAAACAAGGUUUGGCUGAUCCUGAACAAUCCUUGGAGCUGGCGAUUGUUCUUUUCAGUGAGGAUGUGAGUAGACGAGAGGGGAAGAAAAAGGCUCUAGCUGUGCUGUCACGUGCGCUCGAGGCUGAUCCUACGUCUGUGGUCCUAUGGAUGGUUUAUCUGCACAUGUACUACAGGAAUGAGAAGGUUAUAGGAUCUGGGAAGGAUGAUAUGUUUCUUCAUGCGAUCCAGAAAAAUGAAGAUUCUUACGAGCUCUGGCUUAUGUACAUCAAUAGCCGGAUACAUGUGGAGGAUCGUCUGGUUGCUUAUGACACUGCACUCGGGGCACUCUGUAGAUUUGCAUCUUCCGAUGACUGUGAUAAGAUGCAUAUUAGUGCAUGCAUCUUGGACCUGUUUUUGCAGAUGAUGGAAUUCUUGUGCAUGUCUGAGGAUGAUAUUGGGAAGGCUGUCCAAAGAAUAUACGGACUCCUCCCAACUGAAACAGGCAUUUCUGACUGGGGUUCAAUGUCUCUCUCAAAUAUCCUUCCAUUGUUAUCUGUAUCUGACAAAAGUAUAUUCUGGGUUUGUUGUGUCUACUUGGUGAUGUACAGGAAACUGCCAGAUUCAGUGUUACAGCAAUUUGAGUUUGAAAAAGAACUCCAAUUACCAAUAGAAUGGCCUUCUCCAGUCCAUUUAACAGCUGAUGACAAGUGUCGAGUUCUAAAAUUGAUGGAAGUGGGUAUAGAUUCAGUUGGUCAUGAUAUUAACAGUUACUCACAUGAAAGUGAAAACAAUUACAAAUAUGCACAUUUGCUAGCUGUUUAUCAUGCUCAGUGUGUAGAAGUCCUCGAGGACUCGGAAUGCAGCAAGAACUUGGUGAAGGGAUACAUUGAACUGCACCCAACUUGCUUGGAUUUUGUACUGACAUUGGCUCGUUUAAAUAACAAAUUUGCUGGCGAUUUGGGAUAUGAAGGGUUUGAAAAAGCAUUGCAUAGUUGGCCUAAGGAUGUUCCUGGAAUCCAGUGCAUUUGGAACCAGUAUGCUCAAUAUGCUCUGGAAAAGGGGGAAAUUAAAUUCACAGAGGUGCUAAUGGUCCGCUGGUUUGAGGAUAGCUGGAAAGUUUCUAGUCUUCAAGCGGAAGAGCCAGAUGGUUGCGUUUCUUAUCCUAAAUCAAAGGACGAGUUGUUUGGAUUGCUUAAUUUAGCGCUCCAUAAAGUGUUGCAGAAAGAUCUGGUUGAGGCACGCCGUACGAUUGAUAAAGCUUUAAAGAUAGCUUCUCCGGAGUAUUUUAAGCACUGCGUGAGUGAACAUGCUGUGUUUGUUCUUUCUAACAGGUUGGAAUCAAUUAACAGGUUGGAAUCAAUUGAAGACGGUGCCUUUGCAAGUGGUGGAAUGUUGGGCCUUUUAAAUGUUUAUUUAUGUGAUUCCCGGUUUUCACCUGUCUCUGAGCCUUUGUCCAGGAAAUUCUGCCAAUAUAUUAGAAAGCCAAGAACUCGGCAACUUGUCAAUUGUAUGCUAGGUUCAGUUUCACGCGAUUGUUCGCUUUUAAAUACGAUUCUGAAAGCAUGGUAUGGACCUUCGCUUUUGCCGAAAGAGUUUGGCGAGCUUAAAGAUCUUGUCGAUCAUGUUGAGGUACUAAUGGAAAUUUUCCCUGCCAACUAUCGUUUAGCAUUGUCAGCGUGUGAGUUGAUUAUUCAGCAUCAUAAUUUCAGUAAGGGUGUCGCCUUUGCUAGUGCUGCAUUCUGGGCAAGCUCUCUUGUGGUUAAUGCCCUAUGUCAGUCGAAUCCGUUAGCACCAGAGAAAUCAUGGGUAGAAGCUUGUGGUGUUCUGAGUAGCCUAGGGGAACUUCAUGGCAUCUCUGAGAGAUUUCACCAGCAGGCUGUAUCAAUUUAUCCCUUUUCAGUUAAGCUCUGGAAAUCAUACUUAGACUUCUCUAAGGUUACAGGAAACAUGGGCGUUGUUAUUGAUGCUGCAAGGAGGGGUGUCAAUUUAGAAUGAGUUUCUUAAAUCAGAUUUUUCUUUUUUUUUGGUAUGUUAGAAAGAACAUUGGAGGUGCAUAAAGAGGACCUGGUGCUGGAAAAAUAUUUGGGACCUAAAGUAGGAUUAAGAACAGAUACAUAUAUACAUAGAGGAAAACAGUAGGGGGCCAUCCUAUACUCCGAGCUGGAGAUUUUCGCUUCUUUCUGAUGGAAAGCUGUUUGGAUGUAAUAACGGUGGCCAGUUUUGCAGUUGAAGCUAACUAGGAGGGCACAUUAUAUGUAUAGAGUGAAGGAUUAACUUGCAGCUAGCUCAGUGUUGGUUGCUCCCACAGCGUACAGAACUUCUUGAGGGGGUAAGAUAGUGCUGUUAUACUGGAGGUAUAUGCACACUUUUGGUUUCUUUUGUUGCUAUCUGUUGGUUGUUUUUUCUCCUUUCCUUUUGUAGGUUCACUAAGUGCGAGUGUUGUUUUAGAUAUAUAUUGAUACAAACUCAGCUCUAAACUUAAUGGUUAGCCGAGAGAUUUUGUACCUCACGGUAUAAAUAAAUUAAAGAAGAAAUUAUAUUUUGAAUCUC